AUGCAGUUACACCAUGAGGCAGUUCUGGAAUUCAUGUCUCUUGGUGGCACACAGGUCACCAAUCUACACACAUUCUUUGAUAAGUUCCGGUCCGCCAUCACAAAAUUGAAGAUGUUGAAUGCUUCCCCCUCAGAUGCGUGGAUAUUUGAUACCUUCUACUCAGUUCUACCCAACAAUUGGAGGAAUUAUGUUCAAAAGAAGAUAGAGGAGAUACAGGAUUUCAAAUCCACAGCUGUGGUAUUGGAUGUUGAUCUUCUCAUGGAGGAAAUCCGUUCGCGGCUUGAUCCUUCAAAAGAUAAAAAGAACCUGCAGAAUAUAGAUUCUGCGGCCAACUCAGCUACAACAGCUACAACAGCUACAACAGCUACAACAGCCACAACGACUACCAGCAACAAUACAUCGAAUCCGGCCUGUGGAGGCCGUACUGGACGUGGUUGUGGCAGUUCACAAGGGGGCUUCUGAAACCAUCGGGGAUCGGGAAAUCCACCUACAUGUCCUGAUUGUGAGAGAUCUCACUUUGGCACC